AGUUGCAGAACUGAAGCGCCUGCAGCGGCAGCAGCUGUCAGACCUUGUCCCAGCAGUAUGGCCAGUGCCGAGCAUGUAGAAGCAAUAGGACAGGUUCUGGUGGACCCAGGACUGGACCUGACCCGGCGGUUCAGAGCCUUAUUCACCUUGAAGAACCUUGGAGGGGCUGAAGCUAUAAAAUGGAUCAGUAAGGCCUUCACUGAUGAGUCUGCCCUGCUGAAGCAUGAGCUGGCUUACUGCCUGGGACAGAUGCAGGACAGACAGGCCAUACCCACUUUGACUUCUGUACUCAAAGACACACAGCAGGAGCCAAUGGUUAGGCAUGAAGCAGGGGAGGCUCUGGGAGCAAUUGGUGAUCCUGUGGUUCUGGACUUACUGAAAGAGUACAGCAAGGAUCCUGUCAUCGAGGUCGCAGAAACGUGUCAGUUGGCUGUCCGUCGAUUGGAGUGGUUGCAGAGUGGAGGAGAGAAACUGCUGGAGGAUGGAAAUACAGAAAAGAGCCCCUACAGCUCUGUAGACCCGGCCCCUCCAGCAGUGAGCAAGAGUGUGUCAGAGCUGCGCCACACCCUGCUGGAUGAGAGUCUGCCACUCUUUGAACGCUACCGCGCUAUGUUUGCCCUGCGUAACCUGGGCAACGAGGAUGCUGUCCUGGCACUGGGAGAUGGCCUGCAGUGCUCUAGUGCUCUGUUCCGUCAUGAGAUCGGGUAUGUCCUGGGCCAGAUGCAGCACCCAGCAGCGAUCCCAGCCCUGAGCGCAGCUCUGGAGCGUUUCGGUGAGAACCCCAUGGUCCGGCACGAGGCGGCAGAGGCGCUUGGCUCCAUCGGCAAAGAGGACUGUCUGGCUGUGCUUCAGCGUUAUCGUGAAGACAGAGAGCGCGUCGUCAAGGAGAGUUGUGAGGUUGCUUUGGAUAUGCUGGAGUACGAAAACAGUGACCAGUUCCAGUAUGCAGAUGAACUCAUCAGAUUACAGGGUUAAAGGUCACUGUCACAACUGAGGGAGCCUUCAUUCAAAUCUUUCUUCUUUUUUUUUUUUUUAACAGUUUUACUCUGUACUAUGUUAUUACCUUAUACAGCAGAGACACCUGGACUAUUCAGUCAUAUGUCUUCAAAACCACUGGACUCAGCAAACAGCAAACUUGCUUCAACUGUUUUUUUGUUUUUGCAAUACAUUUUAUCUAAAGGCCUGACAAACUGAUGUGAUGGUUUCAACUAAAGGGCUUUUCUUCUCAAGUGCUCCUUUGUUCUCUCUUAAUCCUUAUUAUUUUUUGUUUGUGAACUGUAUGCAAUCAUACAGUUAUAAUAGAUCAUAGAUGGAGAUGAGACUGUGCCCUAUGGACUGGUUCUAAAUUUAAGCAUUGGUUCUGAUCCAGGCUGCACAAUAGUGUGAUCAGACCUGAUGUCAGUUCAUUCUGCUGUAACUAACCAAGACAAGCCAAAGACAGAUCUACUUCUUAUCUACUUCUCUGUUGUGGAUAUACAGUAUGUUGGGAAGCACACAGUUGUCUUUGAAGGAAGAGUUCAUUCCAAACUGUGCUCUGCUGCAGAGAUUAGCGUUGUAAAAUUGUAGUUGGACCUCACCAUAUUAAUUUGGAUCUACUGUCAUUUACAGCCAGGUGUGUACUGUAUGUAAAUUAAAAUAAUACUGUAAAUAUUUAUGCUGUCUGUGAUCUCACUUUCACAAUACGUUUUUUUUUAUCCCUUCAGCAGAAGUGUGAUAUAGAUUUUUAUUUAUUUUAUGUGCCACUCAAGUUCUCUUAGCAAAAUGUACAUUUUACUGGUAUUUCACCAUAGUUUGCCACAGUAUGACAUGAGCAUACUACUGGAACUGUGAUGGACAGUGGAGAGAUACAUUAUGCUGCUGCAGUGAUUUGAGGUCGGAUAAGAUUUUUCUCUUCAUGAAAACUUUAAAGUGAGGGUCCAAUUUAUAAAACCGUUUACAGUUAAUACAUAAGCUUGUCAAAUUAUUAUGACCAAUCUUUGAAUGAAUAACACAGUAGUAAUUUUUGUCCUACUUUGUUGAAACCAGCCUGUAAUUUUUGUGUGUGUCAUCUUCACAUCUCAUUUCUCAUCUGUUGGCAAACAUCUAAUUCUAUCACAGCCACUGCAGUGCUUUCUGAUCAUCAGUCUGGUUUGAUGCAUUGAAUAGAGGCUGUUGCUGUAAUUUCUUGGGUUAGAUGGUGAAAGUGUGGUUGGGAAAUUUUUACUUAUCUUGACUGAUUUUUAAUUCACAUUAAACUUUCAAAUAUCACCCCCUACAAACACUCUGUGCUGGUU